AUGGCUCCAGUAGCGGCAGUUUCGCGCUCGACCGCCAAAUCAGCCAGCCGGCUGCUUCUCAUACAGUCACAUCCCUCGUUACCGUCGCCGUUCUACGCGAUCCUCUCGUCGUGCCUUCACAGUUGCAGCAACCAUGACGGGACCGCACGUGUCAGGAAUGAGCAGAAUACCAGCGAUCAUGGCAAAUUCUCCUCAGUCAUUGGCGGUGCUGCUGAAGCUUCUUCAGGAAACAGCAGCUUGCGAUCCGUUCAACCCACUUCAGACCUCCAAGCGGAUUUCGUGCAGCUGUCUGUUGGCGCCGUCAGAUUUGACGGACAAUCUCCGUCCACCGGCAAGCAGCCGCCCUCGUCGGUUAGAUUAGCUGCUAGUCCGCUUCCCGCGCACCAAGCUUGCACUCCGCUUUUUCCACUGUCAACUGGCCAUCGCAGUGCUCCCAACGAGUUUCCUACUCUCGGGGCCAGAAAUUUCUCCUCGGCUUCUCGUCUUUCCGCAGUCCAGGCUGGUUCUGCCGGCUCUGCGGGUGCAGCAGCCCCCGCUGCGCGUAGCGGAGCAGUUAGUAGCGGGGAUGACGCGGAGGGAGCAGGAGGCGGGUCGGAACGGAGGCUUGCGGAUGAGAUGAUUGCGUUCGCGCAGACGUGCCUCGCGAGGGAAGGAUUAGAUGACGCAGCGGCGGCACAGGAGGCGCUGAGGGUGGUGGAGCACGGGGCGAGCAUGCUGAGGGCGCAGGGAGGGCAGGCAGCAGCGUCGCAGGCAGCACGGUUGCUCCGCUUCAAGGCGGCGCUGCACCUCAGAGUCCACGACAGCAGCGGAGCAGUGGAGGCAUUAGAGGAGGUGGCGGCAAUGGGGGAUGCGGGGCUGUGCGAGCGAGUUGGGGUGUUGGAAGAGGUGGUUCGGAUCCACCUCAGCGGCCAUGCAGACGCACAUGCUAUGGAGUCUGCCGGGAGAGCCGCUGCAUUGCUGCAACCACCAACACCCGCCCCAUCAGCAUCACCACCAUCCCCAUCAUCACCAUCAGCAUCACCAUCAGCAGCACCACCGGGGCUGGCAUUCCUGCGCUUCCGAGUGCUCUGCUCCGUGGGGCUCGUGGAGCAGCUCUGCGGCCACAUUGCCACUGCUCGGGAGCACUUCCAGGAAGCAGACGAGCUCGAGCCGCUUGACUGCAACUCGGUGCCGACCACAGGGCUCGCCCGGCUGGCAAUGGCGCUGCACCUGCACUCCGUCGGCCAAUGGGAGCAAGCCACGUCAUACUACUCCCAGCUCAUCCAAUGCUUCACCGCACCUUCUCCCUCCUCACCCUCCUCCCCAUCCUCCUCCUCACCCACUGCAUCACCCACUGCAUCACCCACCGCAUCGUCCCUCACGCCCUCACUGCAUGCGGGGGCAGCAGUGCGUGUGGGGGCGCUAGCAGGCCUGGGGCAGCUGCUGCUGCUGCUGCAAGGGGAUUUUAAAGGAGCAGAGGAGCAUUUCACGGAAGCUCUCAAAGAGGCUGAGGCCAUGGAUGAUACCUCAGACUUCAAUCCAAUGGUGGGGGCCGUGCUGUCCCUGCUGGGCGACACAUAUGCUCAGAGAGGCCGGCUGCAGCACACAGGGGAGGGCAUGAUUGCUGAGGGCCUCUUUCGCCGGGCGCUGGCACUCCUGGGGGCGGCACAGUGGGACAAUCUGGAUCACAGGCUGUCGCUGCUCGCAGGGGCAAAUGGCUUGGCUGCAGAUCAAGACCCAGACGAAGAGCAGCUAAAGGAUCGGAAGAAUCGAGUGCUGCAGCUAGACCUUAUUGCAAUCACCCUCGAGCGCUAUGCAGCUACCCUGCAUGCCUUCCCCAUGCGGGCUAGUGAGGCGCAGAGCAUGAGUGCUGCCGCCCACCACCUCUGGCGCUCCCCCCUCUCCCUCGACUCAGCCGUCACCUCUUCUCGAGUACCUGCUGCUGCUUUCGAGCCCACAGAACAUUCAAUUGUUUGUGCCGCUGACAAUCCUAGUGCUUCGUCCGGAUCUGUUUCGGCGAAUGACUCGGUUCAUGCAUCGCAUUUCUCGCUGCCUGCACUGGUGGUCGAUGUGACGACUGGCAGGGUGCUGCUGUCGUGA